UCGGGUCACAUUCUCACCAUCUUAGGCGAAGCUCUCUCUCUCCCCACAGUCGCCGUCGCCACCGUCUUCUCCAUCUCCGGCCACGAUGCCACCCAAACGUAUCCCACCACUUGAGAUCCCUAUGGAGGAUCAUUAUGUCGGUCGUAUGACCUAUAGGGGUUCCGGGAGGUUAACAAAAUUGAAGAAAAGAUUUGAGGAGCAUGGAUUGUUGGGGAGGGUGAAUGAGUCUGUUUUUGGACCAUUCUUCACAACCCCUCCCUUUUCGUUCUCUGGGGCAUUGGUUCACACACUACUUUUGCGGAAGGUCAAGUCUCCGCGUGGCGAUGAGGUGCACUUCUUGAUGGGCCCAAACUUAUGUAAGUUUGGGGUGCACGAGUUCGCCAUUAUCACCGGCCUGAGCUGCUCCUGUCCACCACUUGCCGUUGACAUUGAACCUCACAUUACUUCCUCCCGCCUAGUUGAUACAUAUUUCAGUGUGGAACCCGAAAAAGACAUUUGGUUCAGUAUCUUGGAACGAGCUUUUAGUAUGUGCGAUGUACCUGAUGAUUUGUACAAGCUCGGUUUGGUUUACUUUGUGGAGGGGAUACUAUUGGGCGCUGAGAACGACAAUGCUAUUUGACGAGAUUCAUUGUCGAUGGUCGAGGAUUUAGAUUAUUUUGAGAAGUAUCCAUGGGGAUCCCUUUCAUUCGAUACAACUGUGAAACAAUUCAAUAGAGAUAUGAAAGCGAUUGGUGGUACAAUACCAGGUAAGAAGGCGAAGAAGAUCAUUGAGGCGGAGUCUUCUAAGGGUUUUAAGGUGGAGGCAAAGUACACUUGCAAGGGGUAUCCACCAGCCUUGCAAUAUUGGGCGUAUGAGAUGAUUCUUGAUUUACAGAAGGAACACGCCAAGCCCUGUGGAUUCAAGUUCCCUAGGAUGCUACAGUGGGAGAGCAUAGGCCAGCCGAAGCAUUUGCAUUUGAAGGAUGUACUUGCGAGGAGACAUUUGUCAUGCAUUUCUAUCCUAAGGCCUCGACCAAAUGAGCGAGACUUCUUUGAUGCCGUAUAUCAGAGGACAGAGGGGGAUGCUCCUAGGUAUGCGAUGCUGCAGAAUAUGAUCCAGCCUGCACCAGAGGAUGGAAGACCUUACGAUCCUGAGGCAGAGGCUGUUGCGGUGGCUGAGAUAGCCGUUGAGGCUGGCAUAUUUGUGGAGGAUGCCUUGACAGAGUCUGCUCCAGAUACUAGUACAGAACCUACUUCUGCUCCUGCUCCUGCUCCUGGGGCUUAUGAGGAGGUGUUGGGUGAGAUAGCCAGACUAUCAGGUGCAGUGGACGAUGUUAAGGCCACUCUAGGUAUCGUCCUUAAAAAUCAAGAAGUCAUAUUAGAGAAGCUGGAAACACUAGGUAGUAUACCUACUCCUGCACCUACUCCUGCACAUACUCAUGCACCCACUCCAACAGAUGAUGUAGAGUACGACAUUCUCCCCUCAUGUUACGAGCCUUCUGUUGGAGAAGCCACACCUUCUCAGCCAGUGCAGACGGUCUUAGGUAAGCGUACUAGACAGAGACCAGUAAGGUACGAGGACUAUACUCCAGCAGCCAAGAAACCAAAGUUCAAGGACCCAGUUACGAUCCUUCCUUUAAAGGUGUUGGAUCAAGAUAUGUUGACAACUUUUAACCGAUGGGUACUCGGUGAGAUUGAUAACAGCAGACCGAGGAAGUUGGAAUGUUGUGAUGGGACCCUUGUUUGGUUCUUGAAGUUGAAGCAUCUAGACGCUGCGAAUUAUCUUAUACGGAGACGUCUUUUUGAGUUGCCGAAGACGUACCCCGUGAAAGCCACCGUACUUGAUUCAUCAUUUGCACAAUAUAUUCCUGCCAGAUACGAGGAAUUCAAGAAAAAUGGCAGGACUUACCAAUGGGACUCGGACAUUCUUGAUUUCCUGAAAGGAGAUGCCAAAAAGUACAAGAAGCCUUGGGGUGAUUGCAACGAGGUCUACUUCCACUGGUGCAUGGAAAAUCGGCACUGGGUCCUUUGCGAAAUAAAUUUCGCUGAUUGGAUGAUCACUGUAUUUGACUCAGAUCAUUCUAACUUUAGCCAUAAUAAGUUGUCUGAGUUGAUGGAGCCUUGGACUAGGAUGCUUCCAUCUUUACUCAACGCUUCUGGUAUGUUUAAAGGACACCCCAAGUUAAAAAUAGCUAGACCGAAGAUCACCGUUCCAAACAUUGAUUGGCGGCGCAUGUCCACUGAUAUUGUCCCACAGUCUAGAACCAGCGGAGAUUGCGGUGUAUUCGCCAUCAAACACUUGGAGUUCAUUCUUGGAGACAUUCCCUUAUCAUAUGCCAUCGAGGACAACAUUCAGUACUUCAGGGAUAAAUUAUGCAUCGACAUUUUUUAUGAGAAUGUGUACCCUUGAUGUUAGAACAUUUAUUUUGAUUUCGAUGACACACAAUAGUAUAUUUCUCCUUAGUAUUGUAUAUAAAAAAUGUCGUUUCGAUUAACAAA